AUGAAAAAAAAGGCCAAAAAGGAAGAGUCAUACAAGAGGAUGCAUAGAAUCCAAACAGGUGGAGGACCAGCAAAUCCCAAAAAAGAAGAUCCUCUUGAUUCAAAAAUAUUAUCUUUGAUAAAAACAAGUGCUGUUGGGCUUUUUAACCGUUUUGACAGUGAUAGCGUUGCCCCAGAAAGCUUAGAAAGCCAUAAUUUUUCUGAGGUUCAAGUUAUUUUAUCUGAGGAGCCAGAAUUAUGUAGUAAAGAUCUUGAAACUGACACUGAUGAGAUUCAAAAGACUAGGAUUGACUUGAAUGAAGUAGAAAUGCAGGAUUGGAGUGAUUAUACUCCUAAAAUGUUAAGAACUCCUGUUGCUACACCACUUCAAUACGAUACUAAUGAGCAAGAAUUAAAAAAAUCUUGGUCUUCAAGAAGGCGACCGACAUAUGUAGCUUCAACAUCAUCACUGCAAAAGUUGCAUGAGAAGAAAAUUGAAGCAAUUGAUCUCCAGAAGAGUGUUGCUGAGAAGGAAUCACUACAUUUAAACGCAGUUAACGAUCUGGACUUACAAAUAAAAAGGGAGCAAUUGAAUUAG